CUCUACCUCCGUAUCCCUCUCUCUCCUCUCUAUCACUCUCUCGCAGAUGCCACAUCACACCACACGCUCUCCCUUUCUCUCUCUCUCUCUCUCUCUCUCUCUUCUCUCUCUCUCCCGUCCGUCUGCUCUCUGCUCUCUCAUUCGCUCCGCCGGCUCGACGCCGGCUGUCAGUUCAUUUGCCGCGGCAGAGCAACAACUGGCUUCUUUCAGUGCUGGGAGCAGAGAGGGGAAGGCGAGAGCGGAGGGAAGAGUGGAAGAAGAAAAAGUGGUAGGGGACGAGAAGGAAGAGAAGAGGUGGAAAAAGAGGAGGAGGAGGAGGAGGAGGAGAUCUUUUGUUAAGCAUCCAUCCCUCCCCUCAUCCCUCUCUGGCAGCAGCAGCAGCAGCAGCAGCAGCAUCAGCACCACUGCCUCCAUCACCACCACCACCGCCGCCGCCACCACUCCCGCUGCUGGAUCCUCCGUCUCCUGCCGGGAUCUGCCUCCUCCUUCUCCUCAGGGAGCUCUUCCUGGAACUGGGAGGGGGAGGGAGAUCACCACCUCCCAGCUUGCUGCGGACCCUCGGCAAGGCAUCAGGAGGAGAGGAGGAAGGAAGGAAGGGGAGGGAAUUUUAGAAGAGGCCGUCAGGAGAGCAGAGGAGAGGCAACACCCUGGGUUACAGGAGAGCAGAGGAGGGGAGAAGAAAAGAGGAUCUCAUUACGCCCGGGUAGGACCGGGGCAGGAGCGGUGACGGCAGCAGCCAAAGCUGGAUGAGGACUUCCAGAAGACAGGGGGCAACGCUGGCAGGCCGCGGUUCCAGAGGAGCCAUUGAUGGAACCUUGCCUCACGCUGCAGCGAGGCGUCUUCAAUCAAUGCGACUGCCCCACUUUCUCUAUAUGUGUAUGUGUCUGUUUGCCACUGGAGCCUGAAGGGGGGCUGCCGAUGGCCAUGGUGGUGAUGGUGGUGGUGGUGGUGAUGAUGAUGAUGCAAUGGCAGUGGUGCUGCUCACGUGGUUUCUGGCUUAGCUCCCCCUUGUUUACUGAAAGACUCUCUUCGGUGACGGGUAUUCUUGGGUGGAUAAUACGGAUCACGUUGUUAUUGCUUAAGAAUACGCGUAGUCGAGGAGAGUCCUCUCUUCGCCCAGCAACACCCCCUCCCCCCAUCCCCCGACACCCACCCACCCACCUCACCUCACCCCGACUACCCACCCACCCACGGAGGACUGUCAGGAUGGGUGAAGCCACACCCCCACUCUCCACCCUUCCAAAAAGAGAAACCUACCUCUUCUUUGAUCUGCACUGCAAUGUUUCUUUUUUCCCACUUCCUGUGCUGAGCCACGGUUCGAGGGUCAAGGGUGUCCUCAUGUCUGUCCCACCGUGCAUCUGUCAGUCUGUCUCUGUCUCCGUGGCGAUGGACAGCGUUGUGUUUCUGUGUCGUAUCUGUGUGUGUGUGUGUCUGUCGGACAUGUUGCUUUUCGAGAUUGUUCGGUCUCGCGGAGGACGACUGGCUCUUUGUCUUGUCUGACAACAACUUCUGAUCACGUGACUCUAUCUGCAUGAACAGUGUCUGUUCCCAUGUUGCUGGGCCAGCAUGACAGCCUGCACACUAACACAGACAUGUAUAUCUGCAGCGAGAGGGCCGGGUCUAAUUACUGGUUUGGAGACACAUGGGGUCAACACGGGUGACCCUUUAACAAGCAGCAAUCUGAACAUGUGCUAACGUCGUUUGAAAGUGUAGACCAGAGAGCAGUGCAGAAUAAACAAAAGAAAAUGCUAACGUUUAGCUCAUCAGCUCAUGUGGAGCAGCAUUUGUGGCCUUGUGGCUCCAGCUUAUUUCUAAGCUGACCAAAACCUACAAGGGGGCCCAGGGGCAUUAACACAUAAAUGGGCCCCCAAUAAUCCCCUCUCUCCGAUCUCCCUCUGUACAACGUGCAGCACUACCUGGCCCCAGGUUUGUUAGGUGAUCAUUUAAUUAAACAAAUAAUUUAGAAACAGGCAACAUGUGACCUGAAAUAAUCAAAGUCUAGAAACUCAAUUGUCCUCGCUGGCUCCAGGAUUAAUAAAUAAAGCAGAACUCUUCUUAAGGCCUUUAUUUAUUACUUGAUAUUGUAUUUCAAUGCUGCAUGUUCUAUGUCAUAUUUUCUAUUUACCACAAACCUCGUAAGCCAAGAGCUUUCGGGGCCCCUGGAGGUCUGGGGCCCCAAGGCAGCUGCCUGUUUUGUGGUCAGUAAUCUAGUUGUGCAGAGCAAGUACAGCUGCAGGCAUACACUCUAAAAAAUUAUUUACAGGGUUAGUGGAUAACCCUUAAAAUCAAGACGUUUGUCAGCAUGAAAAAAUUACGUUUGUCACAUUAACGUGUUUUAAUUAGUUGACAGUUAUUUUAAGAAGUUGUUUAAUAUCUGAAACAUUUUUUGUAAUUUUUGACUUAAUUGAAAUAAAUAAGUUAGAAUAUCUUUAAUAAAAUAAUUUGACCAGUAAAUAUCAGCACAGCUUUUGGAUAAAUAUUAAGUUGGUUCAACUUAAUUUGGCUUUUCGAGGUCAAAGCAAAUCAUGUUGGUUGUACUCAACUAAUUGAGUUUAUCAGAUUAUAAAAGACUUGUAGGAUUGAUUUAAUAGUUUCAGUUGGAGCGACUGAAAAAGAUGCACGCAAAUCGUUACUUAAUUUUUUAAAGCUGAAUCAGAGGAUCCUUUUUUAGAGUUUUUAUUAUCAUUAAAGAAAAAAGAAAUUUAUAUAUAUAUAUAUAUAUAUAUAUAUAUAUGAUAAAUAAUCAGUUUACAAUAGUACAAAAUGGGGCUGCAGCUAACUAGUCUUUUUGUCAUUUAAAAAUCGGAUUAUUUUAUCUAUUAAUCUAUUAGUCGAUUAGUGUAGCAGAUGUUUUAUAAUAGUGAACAGUCAAUGGUGCAUCCCAAACCCAAAGUGAUUUAAAGUCGUGUCAAACAGAGAAAAGCAGGAAAUCUUCAAGAAGUAAUUUAUUAUUAAAAUUACUGUGAAUCAACGGAUCGAUUAAUUGUUUCACGUCUAACCCUGACUGUAAACACUCUCCAGCAGAAACCAUUUUAUUUUGGGUGCAACAUUUUCAGGCCUGUGACCAAAAAAAAAAAACAAAGGGAAAAUUUAAAAACCAGAUGAAGACCAUUUAGUUUGAUCUGACUGAAGUUUAGGAGCUCCUGAUGGUUUUAAAAGCUGCGUCACACUUCAUGAAAUUUCAUUUAUUUUACUUAAUUUAUGGCAUAAGAAUAAGCAAAAUAUUGGCACCUGAAGUCCAUCAACAUUAGCAUUGCGUGGAUGUGUCGGCCUGUAAUAACUGAUCAGCUGUAUCUCCUCUGGCUGUGGUCACAGAGUGGAACCUCCUCUUAUUCAACCCCAUGUAGUGCAUUUAUUACGGGGCUGAGCCGCGCCGCGCCGCCUCCUACCUUCCCCCCUUUGCGCUCUUUUUUUAUGCAAAUGGCUGCUCAAAUGACAUUUAUUGCAGUGAGGUUUACGCCACAUGCAAUACUGCCGCUGAGCCUCUCUCUCUCUCUCACACACAC